AUGGAUGUAGUACGGUUUCUGAGUUCGGAUUUAUUUCUUAUAAGUGUUUUAUUCACGUGCAUGGUCCCGGGUGUGUGGGCCAAGGAUGUGGCAUAUUCUCUCUUUGAGGAGGAACAAGCUAACUUCUACCUUGGAAAUGUUGCUGAUGAUGCCGAUCUUGCCUCCGAGGCAACAGAUCCUGCCGACUUAAAUUCUAUGAAGUACAGUUUUCUUACACAAGGUAACACACUGGUAUCAUUGUUUCAUAUAAAUGAGAGACAGAGUUCUCUAUAUACAGCAGCGAAACUGGACAGAGAGCAGCUUUGUGAGUACCAGGAAGAAUGUAUUUUAGAGUUGGAAGUGAUUGCUAGAUCAACGUCUGGAAGUUUGUAUAAGAAAAUAAAAGUUUCCAUUACUGUUCUAGAUAUAAAUGACAACGCUCCUUCCUUUUCGGUGCCUUCGAUCACUCGAGAUAUUUCGGAGGGGUCCCUAACAGGGUUUUACAUCCCCAUUGAGGCGGCUAAGGAUGCUGACACGGGGAACUAUUCAAUUCAAGAUUACACAUUAGAGCCCCCGACAUCCCCAUUUACAGUUGGGUACCAGGAAUUCGUGGACGGAAGCUAUAGUGUCCGAAUUAUGCUAAACGGAAAACUGGACAGAGAAAUUACAAGUUCAUACAAAGUUAACGUUAUAGCCACGGACGGCGGAGAAACCCCUAAAACUGGAAUCCUGGAAGUGACCAUUAAUGUUUUGGACAUCAAUGACAAUCGUCCAAGAUUCAGUACCCAGAUGUACAAUGUUACGGUCAACGAAGACGUGGCUGUGAACACGACCAUAAUAACAGUGUUUGCUGACGACCCGGAUCAAGACGAGAACGGUAGAGUCACGUACAAACUGAGUCCAAACCAAGCAGAGAAGAUCCCGACUUUAUUUGCCAUUGACGAGACCUCUGGGGAUGUCAGCAUCGUCGGGUCUCUCAUCUACGAACCGGGAAAGAGUUACACAGUUAUCGUAGAGGCAUCGGAUAACGCGCUACAGCCUCUAAUCUCACAGUCAAAAGUGUUUAUCCAUGUCUUGGAUGUACAUAACAACCCACCAGAGAUCAGUAUCGACCCUCUAUCGAACACAGACGAUUCCGAGAUCCUGGAGAAUGCUUUAUUAAACACUGCAGUGGCCCAUGUUACCAUCUUUGACCCCGACACCGGUUUGAAUGGUAUUGUGAAUUGUUCAGUAAUUAACAGCGAGAAGUUCGAGCUGCAGAAGUUUGCGGUCCAUGAGUACAAGGUGGUACUCUAUCAGCCUCUUAACCGCGAGGUCAAGGACAGAUACGAAGUCACAGUUCAUUGUCAUGAUACUGGUACCCCACGGUUAAAUGCAUCCUCAAUGUUUGUCGUUCACGUAAUGGACGUCAAUGACAACACCCCAAAAUUUACCCAACAACAGUACUUUAUCAGUGUCCAAGAGAAUACAUCUCUCACUUCUAGUGUUAUGCAAGUUGCUGCAAAUGACUUCGACAAUGGCAAGAACGCAGAGGUUGAGUACUCUUUGGAUUCUGAAGGUCAGAAAUAUUUCAGUAUUGCAGAAACAUCAGGAGUGAUAUCUGUAAAUACUGUUUUGGAUAGAGAAACUAUCAACCAGAUCACAUUCAAUGUGUUUGCGGCUGAUAAAGGUUCACCAAGUUUGACCGGAAGUGCCCAGGUGAAAAUGUAUGUGACGGACGUUAACGACAACAAACCUGAAUUUAUCCAGAAUACAUUUGAAUACAAUCUGGAGGAGAAUAACCAUGUUAACGUAAGUAUUGGAGUUCUGGUAGCUAACGACCAAGAUGACGGGAACAAUAGCCAGAUAACCUAUUUCCUCCAUCCUAACUAUCACGCAGGGAUUCCCUUCUCCAUCCUGCCAAAUGGAAGUGUCAUAGCAACACAGGUGAUAGAUCGCGAGGCCAAGGCAAGGUACGAUUUCACAGUCAUUGCUGAAGACAUGGGGAUUCCGUCCCUCCGAAACUCUGCACAUGUUACAGUGUUCGUUCUCGAUCUCAAUGACAAUAACCCUGAAUUCAUUUUCCCCAACGCUCACAAUAACACGGUGGUCAUCUCAUACCAAACACCGGUCAAUACUAUCGUGUCCACUGUGGAAACGAGGGACAUUGACGAUGGUAUGAAUUCUAAGGUCACUUAUUUUAUGAAGGAUAAAAAUUUCUCCCAUAUUUUUAAGUUGAAUAAUCUUUCGGGCCGUAUCAUAUUGGAUAAAGCUUUAUCUCAGGCUGAUGCAAGGAAAUACACUUUUGGAAUUAUUGCCCAGGACAAAGGUACCCCUCCACGGAUUAACGAGAUUGCCAUGUCCAUCGUUGUCACAACUCAGAAAUUAGGAGAUGACGUCACACCACCGGAAGAGCAUCGGCAAUAUUUCCUUAUCGCCGUCGCUAUUUCCUGUGUGACUGCUGUCAUUGCUGUUGUCAUCAUUCUAACCAUCUGUCUAAUCAAACGGGCUGAUAGAAUAAAACAGAAAUAUUCCGAAUCAAAAGACCAUUCGGAUGGACCACUAGGAAGUCAGGAAACUAGGAAGAAAGUCAGCUUCAGUAUCGACGACAGAGCCAUGACAACUCUGCCCGGGGGUCGGUCUAGCGCCCACGAGAACCACCUAUAUCCAGAGAUACCUACAGGGUCUAUACAGAGCAAGUUGACAAAUCUUAGGAUGAGUAGAAAUCUAGAUGGGUGGUACAUGAUGGAUGCCAGUUUGUAUGACGGCAACUUUGUCCUCUCAGUAUGGGUUUCGUUGAAGAGUCCGGAUCGUGGUCACGAGAGCGAUAGUGGACAGGGAAGUCUGGACAGUGGCAACAGGCGACAUCACCAGCUCGCGAGCCUCAAGCUUCAUCACGCUCUACUGACCUCUCCCGGCGGCUCCAAAAAUCGAUCAAGCGUGUCACAUGUGUCGCCUCCCUUGUCGGGACUCAUUACUCACCAAGAGGCCGAUAACCAUAGCGACCUGUCCGGCGAGACAAAUACAAGUGAUAGUGGGCGUGGCGGUAGUGAGGAUGACAUCAAUACUAGCUGUAUUCUCUCAUACUCGGGAGACUUCGAUCACUUGGCUCACAGUCCAAGAGGGAAACACACGCCUAGAAUCAAUUCAAAAAGUGCAGGCAUGCGCGAAGAUUUAUUUCCGCUUCCGGAACAUGAUUAUGGACAAUUAAAUCACAUGAAACCUACUUUAGCUCCGAUAUCAUUCGGGGAUAGUUUUUUUAAUUAUGAAAGUAAUCAAGACGGACUUUCUCCUGUACAAUUCGGAGGCGUGUCCCCGACAGGAAAUUCAUUCAUACUCAGUGGAAACGACGACAGUACAACGACUUCCGGAAGUUACGUAUUGGAUCACGAGGACGAAUAUGUUGACGUCGUGAGACCAAGUAGACAAUGUAUUGUAUAA